CUUUAAAAACGUCAACAGCGCCAAAUUUGUGCUUGUCGCUUGUCGGAGUGAAAUGUCCCGCGAACAACCGCAAUGGAGGAAAGUGCACACAAUAACCGGAGUGAUACCGCCUUCCAGACACGGCCACAGGGCUGUGGCCAUUCGGGAGCUGAUUGUCGUGUUCGGAGGCGGCAACGAAGGCAUCGCGGAGGACCUCCAUGUUUAUAACACUGUCUCCAAGCAGUGGUUUCUGCCUGCUGUGAGGGGAGACAUCCCACCAGGCUGUGCUGCCCAUGGUUUAGUCUGUGAGGGCACUCGCAUACUGGUCUUUGGUGGCAUGAUGGAGUAUGGCAAAUACUCCAACAACCUCUAUGAACUUCAGGCUAACAGGUGGCUUUGGAAGAAGCUGAAGCCCAGAGCGCCCAAAAAUGGCUUGCCUCCGUGCCCUCGUAUCGGACACAGCUUCACACUUAGUGCUGGCAGGUGCUAUGUGUUUGGGGGGCUCUCCAAUGUUAGCGAGGACCCCAAUGGAAAUGUCCCACGGUACCUGGAUGACCUGUAUGAGCUAGAGCUGCAUUCGGCAUCAGGUGCAAGAGGCUGGAGCAUCCCAGAGACAAAAGGGGGCGGUCCUUCAGCGCGGGAGUCCCACACUGCUGUCGCGUACGCUGGUCUUGGCUCGCCGAAGCUUUUCAUCUUUGGAGGAAUGCAAGGGCGCCGCUUGGAUGACCUCUGGCAGCUUGAUCUCAACACCAUGAUGUGGUCAAGGCCUCACACCAGGGGUUCCACGCCACUACCCAGAAGUCUUCACUCUGCCAGCGUCAUCGGAAACAAAAUGUUUGUUUUUGGUGGCUGGGUUCCUGUUCCAGAGUCAGAGAAGCAAAAUGCUGCAGGAAUUAAAUGGAUUUGCACCAACUCCCUAAGUCUUUUUAACCUGGACACGAUGAGCUGGCAGAACCUGGGCCCACAAUACGACCACGUUGGCUCCCAACUGCAGAACCGCAAGGCCCAGAGUGAGGACCAGAAUGCGAGGAGACCCAAAGCCAGGGCCGGCCACUGCGCCGCUGUCGUGGGAUCCAGGCUUUACGUUUGGAGCGGCCGGGAUGGUUACCAUAAGACCUUGGGCUACCAAGUCUGCUGCAAGGACAUGUGGUACCUGGAGACAGAUAGACCAUGGUCCUCGGAUGCGGUGAUGCUGAUCAAGUCCACUGUCAGCAUGCUCCAUGUGGCGUGGCGCCCCGUGUCUGCAGCAGACUGCUACCUCCUCCAGAUUCAGCCUGUCAAACAGGCAGACGGAGAGAGAAAAAGUCCAGAUUUCCAGUCCACUCAGAGUGUAAGUGAAUGCAACACAGAAGAACAAGAGAACAACACGUCAGUGCAGCAGCACGGCAACCUGGCAAAAUCCUCCAUUAGCCAGGUGGAGCCCCAGGCAGAAAAACAUGAGGCUGAGAAGACAACACACCAGAGCCCGGAGCAAGCGCUGUGGUUUGAUGUCGGUGUGUUUAAAAGCCUCUUUUCUGAGGUCCACUGCUACUACCUGCCUGCUGAGAACCACCAGGUGACACCAAGCAGUCGGCCUUCUGUUACAAAAGAGAGGAGGCUUCAGGACUACCAAGAGCGAGAGAAGGAGGAGCUGACUGCAGGUCAGACUUACAGGUUUCGAGUGGCGGGCCUCAACUGCUUGGGCCAAGGUGACUUCAGUCCGGUCAGCGAGUUCAAGACGUGCCAACAUGGCUUCCCUGGAGCGCCCUCUGCUGUCAAGAUCAACAAGGCCAACGACGUGGUCUGCAUCACAUGGGAAGCGCCUCCCUCUCUGUCGGGCCGCAUCCUGGAGUAUUCCAUGUACAUGGCGGUGAAGAAGAGCCGCUCGUCCAGCUCCGAGGGUCCCGGCCAACUGGCCUUUGUCCGGAUCUACCGCGGUACCAAGAUGUCCUGCACGCUGAGCUCCAACCAGCUGGAGAACGCACACCUCGACUGCUCCGCCUCCAGCCGCCCGGCCCUCGUCUUCCGCAUCGCCGCCAAGAACGAGCAGGGCUACGGCCCGGCCACCCAGAUCCGCUGGAUUCAAGAUCUCUUUAAAGCGCGGGCUGGAUCAAAGGCAGAUGUCUGUGGUGCUGAUGGUCGCCAUGCUGCUGACAGGUGACAGCGUCCCUUGUGGACCCUUCAAGUUUGUCUAAGGCCAUGUCCAUGUCCAGACCAACAUGGAAAGUUUCAAAGACACAUAUUUGGGCUUAAAAUAAUCUCCAUCCACACAAGUGUCCUUUCAAAAGGUGUCUAUGUCCACACACACACACACACACACACACACACACACACACACCUGCUGUCAUGCUCAUGUCCAAUCAGAAGCCUGAAACAAGCAACAAUAUCUGACUUGGUGCAGCAUUACACCUCCUCUCGGGUUUAUUUGGAUAUACUUUAGACGUACAAUUAUCUUUAAAACCUGCCUGCACCUACACACAUACACCUGGGAACUUUAUUAGAGAGUGAAUGUGCUGCUGAAAGCCAACACUCAUAGAAGUACAACAUGUUCGCAUCCUGGUGAUGUAUUACAUGUGCAGUCAAGUCCACAUCAUUUAUAAAAUCAGCACACACUAACGAGCCAAGGAAAGCAUUUUGCAUGUUUAAGGAUCUCUAUAAAGCACACAGACAUGCGUGUGCCGCUACAAAACUCAUGGAAGCAUCAAGCAUUUAAUCAUAGCUAUAGUCAUCAGGUUCAUGUGUGAUGAAGUUGUGAUGUCUUUAACAUCAGGGAGAGGCCACAUUAUGUUCUUUUCUGUUGUUUGGUUGCUCUUCACGUGCGAGCAAAAUGCAAGCAAGACACGUAAGUUAACUUCAUGACUUGUCCUUAAACAAGGACUGAAAACUAAAGAUAAUAUUGCAUCUUUCUUAUGACACAGAGAAACAAGCUGUGCCAUCAGGUGGAGCUUCCACAGCCAUCAUAUCCACACAGCUGACUGUCAUUUGUCGCUAAGCACAUUUUGAUGUCUUUUUUAUUCAUGUUGAGUGAAAAUAGCUGCAUGUUGACCUUCAAACAUACACAUUUUUGGAUCCUCUUAUAAUGUGUUUAAAGGCAGCAAGGCAGUGUUGUUGAGCUUGGAAAUGACAGACAGAGACAGACAGACAGUACUUUAUUGAUUCCUUCAGGAAAAUUUAAAUUGCAGCAACAGUGUACAGAGUUGAGAUCAAUUUAAAAAGUAAAUAAUGGGGGUAUAAAUGGAAACGCAAUAGAAAAAAUAUUACAAUUAAAAUAAAAAGCAACAGUGAGAAUACAAAUAUAACAGUAGAAUAUGAAUAUAAGAAGAGAAACCAAGCAGUAGUGACCAUGAUAUGAAAAAGUAUUGCACUGUUAUUGUUUAGCAUGCCCUGUCAUCCUAGUACCCCACUUUAUUUAGUGUCUCUGUUGGUGUGGACAUGGCCCAAGUGUCUCUGUUGGUGUGGACAUGGCCCAAGUGUCUCUGUUGGUGUGGACAUGGCCCAAGUGUCUGUGUUGGUGU